AUGGAGUUCGUACAAGAAUCUGGUAUAGACACUUUGGAGUGGCCAUCAAGAUCAGCUGAUUUGUUAACCAUCGAACAUCUGUGGUACGAGUUUCCAAAAAUUGGAUGCCCUUUGGUACCCGAACAUGUUGAAACGAGACCGUUGUAUAACCCAGACAAACCUGGAAUAGAACAAGGAAAAUUAGAAAUGUGGGUAGAUAUGUUUCCCAUGGAUAUGCCCCUUCCUGGACCGCCAAUAGAUAUUUCGCCAAGAAAACCCAAAAGUUAUGAAUUGCGUAUAAUCAUUUGGAACACAGACGAUGUUGUUCUAGAAGAUGAUGCCUUUUUUACUGGAGAAAAAAUGUCUGAUAUAUAUGUUAAAGGAUGGUUAAAGGGUCCAGAAGACUGUCAAUGUACAGAUAUCCAUUACCGUUCUUUAACUGGCGAGGGUAACUUUAACUGGAGAUUUAUCUAUCCAUUUGACUACCUAGUAGCAGAACAAAAAAUUGUAAUAUCACGGAAGGAAUCGCUUUUCUCUUGGGACGAGACUGAAUGUAAAAUUCCGGCGAGAUUAGAGUUACAAGUUUGGGAUGCGGAUCAUUUUUCAGCUGAUGAUUUUUUAGGAGCAAUAACAAUAGACCUUAAUAGGUUUCCUCGCGGGGCAAAGUCUUCUAAACUCUGUACAUUGGAUAUGCUAAAAUCCGAUGGAUCUGUUCCUAUGGUCAACAUUUUUAAACAAAAACGAGUAAAAGGUUGGUGGCCAUUUUUUGUUAAAAAGGACAAUGAAGAGAUGGAGUUGACAGGAAAAGUUGAGGCUGAAUUUCAUCUGUUAAGUAAAGAUGAAGCAGAAAAAGCGCCAGCUGGUUUUGGAAGGAAUGAACCUGAUCCAUUAGAGAAACCUAAUCGUCCAGAUUCAUCUUUCAUGUGGUUCAUGAAUCCGUUGAAAUCGAUUCGAUACAUUAUUUGGCACAACUACAAAUGGACUAUUCUCAAAUUGUUCAUAAUAAUAGCAGUAGCAUUCACUAUAUUGUUAUUCUUUUAUUCUAUACCUGGUUACACUGUUAAAAAAAUGAUAGGAGCUUAAAAGAGUGUAUUAAACAUUAAAAUAUCAUGCACAUAUGUAUAUAUAGUCCAGAUAUAUACAGGGUACGCAAACAUCAAUGAAAUGCUUAUUGGGAAAUCAGUCAACCAUAUUAAAAAUAUAUCAUAAAAAAAUUUGAAAUCAGAAACUCGUGUGAUGAAAAUGAAAAUAGACAAAAAAAAUUACAGGCCUGAAAACAAAAGUUUAUUUACAAAAUAGAUUAUAGUAAGAGAGGGUACGUGUGCACCCAAAAUUAGUUAACUCAAUUUUAUUUUAAAUUUAAUGCUAAAUUUUUUUGGGAAAAGGAAUUAAAAUUUUAGCGUGAUAUUUUAACCAUACCUACUAGUGCGCCAUACUUAAUCGUAGGUCUGACUACAGUCAUAUACAGGGUGUCCCGAAAAGAUUGGUCAUAAAUUAUACCACACAUUCUGGGGUCAAAAACAGUUCGAUUGAACCUAACUUACCUUAGUACAAAUGUGCUCAUAAAAACAGUUACAGCCCUUUGAAGUUACAAAAUAAUAAUUGAUAUUUUUCAAUAUAUCGAAAACUAUUAGAGAUUUUUUAUUGAAAAUGGGCAUGUAUCAUUCUUAUGGCAGGAACAUCCUAAAACAAAAUUAUAGUGAAAUUUGUCCACCCCAUAAAUAAUUUAUGGGGAUUUAGUUCCCUUAAACCCCCCCCCCAAACUUUUGUGUAUGUUCCAAUUAAUUCAUUAUUGUGGUACCUACCAUUAGUUAAACGCAACGUUUUUAAAACUUUUUUGCCUCCUAGUAUUUUUUCGAUAAGCCAGUUUUAUCGAGUUGCGGCUUCUUUUUCAAUACAUUUACGUAAAAUUUUUAUGGGGGUUUUGUUCCUUUAAACCCCCCAAAUGUGUGUGUACGUUCCAAUUAAACUAUUAUUGUGAUACCAAUAGUCAAACACAGUGUUUUUAAAACUUUUGCCUCUUAGUCUUUUUUUAUAAGUCACCUUUUAUCGAGAUGUAGCUUCUUUUUCAAAAUAUACCUAAAAAUGUAAAUUAUAAAUAAAUUUUCAGAUUAUGAACAGGUCUCUACAAUCGUACGUAACCAUAUACAAAUAUGUGGUGGAUUCGACAAAUAUUCAAAAUAUCUCGAUAAACACUGGCUUAUCGAAAAAGUACUAAGAGGCAAAAAAGUUUUAGAAACAUUGUGUUUAACUAAUAAUGUUACAAUAAUAAUUUAAUUGGAACGUACACAAAAGUUUGGGGGGGGUUAAGGGAACAAAACCCCCAUAAAAUUUUUAUGGGGUGCACAAAUUUCACUUUAAUUUUGUUUUAAGAUGUUGCUGCCAUAAAAAUGCCACAUGUUCAUUUUCAAUAAAAAAUCUCUGAGAGUUUUCGAUAUAUGAAAAAAAAUCUAACUUCAAAGAGCUGUAACUUUUUUUGUGUGCACUAUUGUAUAUAGGUAAGUGAGGUUCAAUCAACCUAUUUUUGACCACAGAAUCUGUGGUAUUAUUUAUGACCAAUCUUUUCGGGACACCCUGUAUAACCAGUACACCUGUUCGUGUUUCAUAUCCCAUGUUUUCCCAAGCAUGGGAAAGCAUGAAAUCUUCAACAUGUUCAAAGGAAAAGAUUUGCUUUGUUGGUUACUCUUAUCAAAUUCAUGUAAGCCAGUCUAGGCGCCAAAUAGAGGUCACCGUGACAUUUUCAAUUCUGAUGGACAAACUCAACGGUUUCUUAUGGAUUUUGGGCUGCUGAUUACGAAUUUCUAGGGGGGAUUUCG